AUGACUACAAUGAGGCUGGAUGAGGAUGACAUGGCAGAUAUUAAAAGGAAUGCCAUUGAAUGCCUCCGUCACUACCUGUGUGACAAACUGAUUGCGGAAAGGCACUUUGAUUACUUGCGUUCAACCAGAAUAAUAAAACAAGGACGACACAGAAGAGAUCAUGAACCAGACUACCAGCAGUAAAAGAGCGGGUGAACUUCUGGACCGACUUGCGAAAAACCCCAAAGGCCUUGACAAGCUGAUUGAAUCAAUUAAACUGUUACGGACACAGGAUUUUCUCAUUGACAAGAUCACAGAUGAGGUACUCCGACUGAAAAACGAGAAGCUGGAAUCCUACAAAGGAUGCUGCCUGAGCACUUCGCCGGCCACACCAAAUGGAUUAAGUAGUGAUCUUUAUAGACAGCACUCCACAGAUAGCAAGUUAUUGUCACCAGAAACAGAAUCCACGGUUCUUUAUCACCCCGAGGGUGAAUCUAGCCUUCCUCUUUAUUUUAACACGACCCUGACAUUAACUGAUCAGUCUGUUGGGGACAACAGAGCAAGGAGCCCCAGGCAAAGUUCUCCCUAUUCACUUCGGCUCCCCAGACCCGGAGAAUUCGGAGGUCCUCCUCUUCCAGUGGCCCUUCCUCAGGAGCAUGAAGACAUGUGU